UCUGUUUGGCGUUGUUAUUUAUUAUGUGUUAAGAUUUUACCUAAAUGAUUUCUUUGCUACAAUUUGGUGUAGGUUUUUGAAGCAGUAAGCAAGGCUAAGGCCAAGGGGUUCACUGAUGUCCUAUUUCUGGAUGCAGCCACUGGGAAAAAUGUUGAGUUGGUUUCUUCAUGUAAUGUUUCAUUGUGAAGUCAUAAUUCGAACUCACCAUAAAUAUAUAUCGUGCUCACAUUCUGCCGAGAUGAGAUAUUUUCCAAUCAAAUUAUUGCAAAGGCUAGUUGGUGUACAGUUUCUCCAUAUAAAAGAUAGCAUCCUUCUGCUGUUUAGUUCUUUCUUUGUUGCAGUUGUGUAAGACCUUAUCCCACAUUAAUUUACAGCCAUGCCUCCUUCCCCUGCUUUGCAAGCAAUUUCUGAAUCUGCUGUUCAAAGUCAUGAAGCAGAUGAAAAGUAUGGUGAUGCCAUGAAAUGGGAUGAACUUGAAUUUGGAGUAAUUCCAACAGAUUACAUGUACAUUAUGAAAUGUUCCAAUGGGGAUAACUUUUCACAAGGCCACCUCGCUCCCUAUGGGAAAAUUGAGCUCAGCCCAUUUUCUGGAAUCUUGAAUUAUGGACAGGGAGUAUUAGAAGGUCUUAAAGCGAUCAGGACCAAAGAUGGUCGUGUUCAGCUGUUCCGGCCUGAAGAGAAUGCUGUAAGAAUGAAGAUGAGUGCAGAGAGAUUGUGCAUGCCAUCUCCAUCUACUCACCAAUUCCUUGAUGCUUUAAAGCAAACUGUUCUUGCCAACAAGCGUUGGGUACCACCUGAAGGGAAAGGAGCAUUGUAUAUUAGGCCAUUGCUCAUUGGAAGUGGCCCUGUUCUUGGCCUAGGACCAGCACCAGAAUACACAUUCCUAAUAUUUGCUACUCCAGUUGGUAAUUAUCACAAACGUGCCUCCACCAUGAAUCUGUACAUAGAGAAUGAGGUUCGAAGGGCCACACCAGGAGGAACUGGAGGCGUCAAAAGCAUUACCAACUAUUCACCUAUAAUAUUGGUGACGAAGGCUAGGGCCAAAGGGUUCACUGAUGUCCUGUUUCUGGAUGCAGCCACUGGAAAAAAUAUCGAGGAGGUUUCUUCAUGUAAUAUUUUCUUUGUGAAGGAUAAUGUGAUUUUAACUCCACGUACCAGUGGAACUGUUCUUCCAGGGGUCACAAGAAAAAGCAUCAUAGAAAUUGCUCGUGAUCUAAAUUACAUGGUGGAGGAACGUGAUGUUCCACUAGAGGAUGUGUUGGCUGCCGAUGAAGUUUUCUGUACAGGGACUGUAGUGGAAGUCACUGCUGUUGCUAGUAUAACACAUCAAGAUAAAAGGAUCGAAUACAGAACAGGGGAAGAAACUGUGUUCCACAAACUGCGUGUAGUGCUUAAAGAGAUUCAAACAGGUGUGGUUGAGGACAAGAUGGGCUGGACCAUGCUCAUUGAUUGAACAAGCUAGCUAGCUAGCUGCUUCAUCUCCAUAUCUCAUUGCCAAUGAAGCUUCUUCUCUAGCUAUGUACUCAAAGAUGUUUUUUUUUUUUUUUUUGGACAAUUCUAUGGUUGCUUGAAAACGGAGAGUUGAUACUUGAACCAAAUUUAUUUGGCAAAAAACAAAACUUUAACCAAAUUUUAAAUAAAUAAAGAGAGAGAAACUGGUUUUUA